CGGUGCUCGGCGCCGAAAGCUGACGGUUCCCUCCGCUCGCCGCCCCGAUGACCGAGCUGCCGCCGGAUGUGGACGACGCCAAGCCCGCCAAGGUGCUCGCCAAGAGGGACAACAAAGUUGGCUCAGCCCCGCCAAGAGCCUUAAUUAAGGAAGUUGUCUUCUAACAUAUCUGAGGCAUAGGAAAAGUGGCUUAUCCUGACAUUGAACAAUUGCUGGUGGAAAAACAACUUCUAAAAAGGACUGGAGAAUGAGGAACAAGGGGGAAGAAAGAGAAUGGGGACUCGAGCACCUGUCCUGGGAUCUUCGGAGGAACAUAGAGAAGCAGUUGGCACUUAGCUGGGGACUACCAUGUUCAGAAUAGAAGGAUGAAAAGGGGUUUCCUCCGGGGCUCCACCCCUCAUGCCAGCUCAGAGGCUGAGAAUGGCGUGGAGGAGAAAAAGAAGGCCUGCCGGUCACCGACGGCACAGUCCCCUGCCCCGUCCAGCGAGGCCGAGUCCCCAGACCAGAAGAGAAUCAUUUCCCUGUGGUCAAAAUCCAGUUUUGAUGGUGCCUCUUUAGCAAGUGAGAAGAGCGACUGUAAAACAGAAAGCAAAAAUGACUCUAAGAUUGAAAGGAAAAAGUCCUCAUCUUCCAGCCAGUACAAGGCAAACAUGCAUUUUCACAAGCUGUUUGACAUUGUCCCCUCUGAGGAACCACUGAGGCAAAGUUUUACCUGUGCCCUACAGAAAGAAAUAUUAUACCAAGGGAAGCUCUUUGUAUCAGAAAACUGGAUUUGUUUUCAUUCCAAGGUCUUUGGAAAAGACACUAAGAUUUCUAUUCCAGCUUUCUCGGUGACCCUCAUCAAGAAAACCAAAACUGCCCUUCUGGUGCCAAAUGCCCUAAUUAUAGCAACGGUCACAGACAGGUACAUAUUUGUCUCCUUCCUCUCCAGAGAUUCAACUUACAAACUACUAAAAUCUGUAUGUGGACACUUAGAAAAUACAAGUGUUGGUAACAGUCCCAAUCCGUCUUCUCUUGAAAACAGUUUCCGGGCAGACCGCCCUUCAUCUCUGCCUCUGGAUUUCAAUGAUGAAUUCUCAGAUCUGGAUGGAGUGGUUCAACAAAGAAGGCAAGACAUGGAAGGAUACAGCAGUUCCGGUUCUCAGACUCCUGAAUCUGAAAACUCUCGAGAUUUCCAUGUGGCAGAAUCCCAGAGAGUUCUGAAUGUCCCCAAGGGGGAAGCAAAACCCACUCGGCCCGACACCCAUGUUAAUAGAGUGCCUGAAGGAAAAGCCAGGUCUCUCCCGGCACACGCAGGUCAGUCAGAAACCAUUGGAAUCUUACACAAAGUAAAGUCUCAGAAAUAUAUGACUCUCCACCAUAUUCUUAUAUUCUAUGCUGUUGUUGUCUGCGCACUAAUCAUCUCGACCUUCUACAUGAGAUACAGAAUUAACACUCUGGAGGAGCGGCUGGGGUCACUCGCCUCCAGUGUGGACACGCAUCAUACUGAACAGACAUCACCAUCUGGUCUGGGGUCACAAGUACAAUUAAAUGUGGAGAUCCUCUGCCAAGAGCUUUCAGCUAACAUAAUGAAAUUAGAAAAGAUACAAAACAACUUGCAAAAGCUGCUUGAGAAUGAUGACUGACUGACCAGGCUGCUCGAGCCACCAUGAUACCUCGUGCUUCCCUUUGAAGAAGGUGCUCCCUGCUGGCCAGAGGAGAGAGUGGAGCGGCAUCGAUGCCCGGCCACGCUUGUGCUUGGAGAUCUAAAGCUCAGAAAAGGGAGGAAGGGGAGUAGUUUUGGUUCCUGUGCCAUAAAAGUUGACUUGACUCAGAGGAAGCUUUCAGUGCUAAGCCUGAAGAAAACAGACCCAUCUCUGGAGGGCUCGGGCAGGCCCUGGCUGAUUGUGGUUCAACAGUUUUCACGAUUGUAUCAGCAAACACACUCCACUCCGUGCCUUCUGAGUCCUUCCCAUCCGCCUCUUCUCUCCUUUACCACCCCUCUUAACCAACCGUCAAACUAAGGGAUUUAUUGUGUGCCAACAACAUUGGUAAGUUCCUUUAAAUAAUGAGCCAUGACUCUCCUAAAAGACAGUAAAUAGCUCUAAUGGACAGACAUGCUUCAAACAAGUAACACCAGCAAUUUGUCUGUCUUCUGCUGCUGCUGCUGUUUAAAUCACCUGUGUAUCUUAACUUCUCAAUUACAUUGGCAAGAAUAUGGAGCAGAGAAGAUUAAACUUUUCCAUUUAUGUUUUGUGUUAUUCCUCUAAUACUUAAUUGGACUGAUUCUCACCCACCCCAUAUCAAGGAUCUGUGAGACAUGGGACUGAAGUACUAAAUCAAAUUUUUACUUUGAAACCAAAACUAAUCUUUAAACCAAAAAUAUAAUAGUGAUUUGAUACAGGAUAAAAACACUGAAUUUUUAAGAUUAUGGGUGGACUAUGUUAGUUUUGAAAACAGGAUGCCUAUACUAAAUGCUGAAACCCAUUUCAGCAUGACGGAAGCACGCUUUUCCUCAUUGCUGAAUAAAAUCAUGGUUUGCUAACUUCUAUUUAUCAUAUAGGUUAGCUAGCUUUUUUUUCCUUAAUUAUUUAGGUACCAUAAAAUCUAUAAUAUAAAAGAUAUUCUGUUUUUAUCUGCAAUGCAUUUUAUAAUCAUUUCUAUGAAAUGUAUUUUGUUUAAUCAGAGAACUAAUAAGUGAAUUGGUUACAUCAUUUGUAUUAGCCUAUUGGACAAGAAUAAGAAUUGUGCCUGGUGCACCCCUGGCUUUUAAUAAAUAACUUCUUGACAAAAAUGCCUUUAA